AUGAGCGGCUCUGAAACUGGUCUGGUACCAGGGCCUUCCGCUGCAUCAAUAACGACCCCGACGAAACGAGCUGCAUUUGCCGUAUCUGCAGAGGCCGGACCCAGUAGAGCAAGACCAGCAGGCGCUUCUCCAGCAUAUAGCUCAAGAAGGCACUCACUGUAUGGUAUAGAAGAUAGAGUAGUGAUUGACCCCGGAUCACGGAUAUGGAAAGUUGGAUUUUCGGGUGAACCAGAACCCAGAUUUGUCUUUUACGCCCUGGACGAAGCAGAUUCCGUAGAUACGUUAUCCACAGAAGCAUGGGAUUUGGAUAUUUCUCGGAUGAGAGGUGUCAAUGGAAGUAGAUCAGAGGGAGAUAGGCUGGUAGGAGUUAGAGUAAUCAAGAAAUUGAGAGAAACGUUCGUCAGACAUCUGAUGACAGACCCUAAGGCUCGUAAGAUCAUAAUAUUGGAAAAUACUUAUCUACCGAUAGGAGUGAAAGAACAUAUUGCGAGAGCUUUAUUUGAUAAUUUGCAAGUUCCGAGCGUAUCAUUUACCUCUUCAAGCCUAUUAGCUUUGGCUGCAUGUGGGAGGAUAACAGGCUUGGUGGUAGAUAUCGGUUGGUUAGAAACUACUAUAACACCUGUAUAUCAUUCUCGUCCGUUAUAUACCCUGGCCCAAUCCACUCCUUCAGCAGGUCGAAGAUUGCAUAACCAUCUUCGUACAUUACUUCACCAUUGCGCAAUAUACAUUCCCCCUCCUUCGUCUCUAGGUGAUAUUGAUGAUCGGCCUCGUUCCCCAGGUGUACCCCAGGAUAUACUUAGUGAUCAUUUCAUAGAAACGGUUCUCACCGAAGGAUGUUUCGUCGAAAAAGAAAACCUUGCCCUCGAACAGGAUGAAUCGAUGGAUGUGGAUACGGAAGAGCACAGUUCCCCAAAUUUGUGGGAGGAUGGAGACUCGACAAGAAUAGCGAAAGAGUGGAAAAGACGUUAUGAGAAUUCGUCAAGUGCAAAAGCUAUGUCAUUCCGUUUAUCAACCAAGGCAAAUUUAGGUCCAGCGACCAUUAUUGUUCCUGGGUGGAUAAGGGAAAGAGUCGCGGAGAUCCUGUUGAAUGAUGAAGAUGGAUCUGAAGAUCGAUCGGUUCCUACAUUGAUUUUGGAUUGCUUACUAAAGCUACCAAUCGACCUACGUUCCACGUUCAUCUCAUCACUGCUCGUCGCAGGAGGUACAGCCUCUCUUCCUGGCUUUAUCCCUCGUAUACGUGUAUCAUUAUUGCAUCAUCUUUUACCGCCUCCGUUAUCGAUGAAUGAGCCUAUCAGAUCACCUUUGAACACUUUAGCUGGUCGGAAAGAGGAAACAUCCCUUUGGAGAAAGCGGAAUCAAGAGCCUUACCAAGAAAUAUAUGGAUUAGCAAGUAAAUUAGCUAUCAUCAAUGAUCCUGCACCACUUGAUGGAUCCGAAGGGUUCAACGGAGGCAAAGCUCCCAGAUGGUCAACUGGCUUGAUGAGUUGGGUGGGCGGAUCUUUAGCUGGUUCACUCAAAACGUCUUCUCAGGAAAUAACGAGAGAAUCAUACGAUACACUCGUAUCGAUAUCUUCAAGCAGAGGUGAAAUCUACAAAGAGGAAUUAGAGACUUCAGAAGUCGAAGUUGCAGCUACUACAGGAAUCGAUAUCGAAGAACUAAAAGUUGGUCAAGCACUGAAUGAUGAACUCGGUUUAGGUAGAAGGAGAGGUUGGAAAGAGAAUGCCGGAUUGCCAGAUUGGUCAAGAGCUGUCAAAGUCUGA